UGUCCCACAGAGCGAAGGAAGCUAAAUGUGAGUGCUCAUAGCUCCUAUCUGCAACCUCCGACAGACAGCAGAGCGGCCAAAGACACUCAUCUCCAUCAUCAUCAUCAUCAUCAUAUGCUCGUCUCUGGAUCUAGUCUAUCCACAUUUCUCAACCAAUGUUCUUCUUCAUCUGAAUCACGGGGAUUUAUUUUAUAUAAAUAUAUAAUAUAUAUUAAAAACGGGUCACUAUGAUUAUAUUUACAUUCCACUCUAGAAGACGUUUUAAUUGUUUGUAUUCCUGGGCGUUUUGCUUGCAAACCUUAUUUUGGAUUUUAUGUGCGGUCUGCGGAGAGGAGCAGCAUUUCAGUGUAGAGUCCUGGUUACAGAAAUAUGGCUACCUUCCACCAACUGACCCUCGAAUGUCUGUGUUGCGCUCUGCACAGACCAUGCAGUCUGCUAUCGCUGCCAUGCAGCAGCUUUACGGCAUUAACAUCACAGGAACAUUGGAUAGAAACACAAUAGAUGAUCUCACUUUAAGCUGGAUGAAGAAGCCUCGGUGUGGAGUGCCUGAUCAGUUAGGAGGAAUCUCCAGGUUCAAUGUCCGAAGAAAGCGCUAUGCACUGACAGGGCAGAAAUGGCAUCACAAACAUAUAACUUACAGCAUAAAGAACGUCACUCCUAAAGUAGGAGAAACGGAAACUCGUAAAGCCAUUCGCCGUGCCUUCGAUGUGUGGCAGAAUGUAACCCCCCUGACAUUUCAGGAAGUCCCAUACAGUGAGCUGGAGUCUGGCAAAAGGGACGUGGACAUUACAAUUAUAUUUGCUUCAGGUUUCCAUGGAGACAGUUCUCCUUUUGAUGGUGAAGGGGGAUUUUUGGCACACGCUUAUUUUCCUGGGCCAGGGAUUGGUGGAGACACACACUUUGACUCAGAUGAGCCGUGGACUUUAGGAAACCCAAAUCAUGAUGGAAAUGAUUUGUUUCUGGUUGCGGUUCAUGAACUGGGCCAUGCCUUAGGCCUUGAACAUUCCAACGAUCCCACAGCAAUUAUGGCCCCUUUUUACCAGUACAUGGAAACAGAUAAUUUCAAACUGCCUAAUGAUGAUCUGCAGGGUAUCCAGAAAAUUUAUGGUCCACCAGACAAGAUUCCACAACCCACAAGACCUCUUCCCACUAUCCCGCCACAGCGCUCAAACCCAACCCCGGAUCUGCGGAAGACCAACCGGCAACCCAAACUUCCACGGCCACCUUCUUAUCCCGGUGCCAAACCCGACAUCUGCGAUGGGAACUUCAAUACUCUGGCCAUUCUUCGCCGGGAGAUGUUUGUUUUCAAGGAUCAGUGGUUUUGGAGGGUGAGAAAUAAUAGAGUGAUGGAUGGCUAUCCCAUGCAGAUUGCAUAUUUCUGGAGAGGCCUUCCUUCCAAUAUUGAUGCUGUGUAUGAGAACAGUGAAGGGAAGUUUGUGUUCUUCAAAGGUAACAAAUUUUGGGUCUUUAAGGACACAACUAUUCAGCCAAACUACCCUCAAGACCUGUCAAUGUUUGGCAGUGGAAUUCCGGGCCAGGGAAUUGACACAGCAGUCUGGUGGGAGGAUGUUGGUAAAACAUAUUUCUUCAAAGGCGACAGGUACUGGAGGUAUAAUGAAGAGAUGAGGGCCAUGGAUCCAGGUUAUCCCAAACCCAUCACCGUGUGGAAGGGUAUUCCAGAUUCUCCUCAGGGAGCUUUUGUUGACAAAGAGAACGGCUUCACAUACUUCUACAAAGAGAAGGAGUACUGGAAGUUUAACAAUCAGAAGCUCAGAGUGGAACCAGGGUACCCACGGUCCAUCCUUAAAGACUUUAUGGGAUGUGAUGGAUCAACGGAUAAAGAGAAAGAAAGUCACCACCCUCAGGAUGACGUUGACAUCGUGAUCAAACUGGACAACACGGCGAAUACUGUGAAAGCCAUAGCCAUCGUCAUCCCCUGCAUACUGGCCUUGUGUCUUCUUGUCCUGGUUUACACUGUCUUUCAGUUCAAAAGGAAAGGCACGCCUCGCCACAUACUGUACUGUAAACGCUCUAUGCAAGAGUGGGUGUGAUUGGCGCACUGUUUCCAUGGCAUUGGAAGUACCUGGAAAUUUAACAUGCAGACUAAUAAUGCUGUUGCCACGUGAGGAGCAGGCAUUUGCCCACCUCGGGGUGGCUGACGUAUAGUCCCUGACCUGUUCUGAGCAUGUGUGGGGAAUUCAACUAGGAAGCUUCCAUGAUACACAGUAUCCUCUGUUACUUCAAGUCCUUUGUCUUUCAUUGGCAAACCGUUCAGUAUCUUGGCCUUUUCUUAUUUCUUCUGCACGCUCAAAGCCCUUGCUGGCGUUAACAAGUUAUACUUUUCUAUUUAAUUUUUUCAAUGUAUUAUUUUCAUGAAAAUAUUUCAUUUAAUUCCCCUUUUUAAACCUUUUUUUUAAAUUUUUUUACUGCUUUUUGUUUUAAAGCGUACACCCAAAUAAAAGCUCUCUCUCCACAGAGGAUAACUUUGUUCUUUUUUUUGUGGACUAUAAUCAUUGCGUUUGAUCCUUUGCAAAUGGGAGUUGGGAUCUUUGACUGUUGUCGCAGUCUGUCUCGAAACAGGGGCCAAAAUUCCCUGCAAUAUUUUAACAGCCUUAAUUACACAUCUUGUUUUCUUGUGUUUUUUUAUACUGCUCCAUUCAUGUUUUAAAGGUCUUGGAUGUGCUCUUAGUAUUGUUUGUUUGACCAGUAGACAUUGGUUUCCUAGUUUCCUAGGGUAUGGGCAAAAAUAUGCCAAGUCCAGUUCUAAGGACAAAAAAAACAAAAACAGGCUUUCACAUUACAAAGAAAGGUGAGGUCUUUCAGAAGAGUAUUACGUUACUGUAACUCCUUGAAAACUGUAGUAUCAAUUUGCUUCAGAAGUUAAAAAGAUUCAAGACAUGCUUAACAGUUACAAGGCAUUUUUUGACAUUGUAACAAUUGGCUUAUUUCACAACUUUACAGGCCUCCUCAUGCAGAUAUGGACAGAUCACUCAUUAUGACCAUAGUUCUCUAGCACAUACAUUCCAACAUUCACUGUGCUGAGGUAGAUUCAGGGAAUGUAAUCUAAACUAUGGGUUCAAAAAAAAGAAAGAAAGAAAACAGGUGAAUUUGUCAUCAUAAAUAGUUUAAAGGUUUGUAUGUAUGUUUGGUGCAUUGUUUUCUUUAUGGGCUGGGGCACGUAGGUAUGUCAUAUUCAUUGUCUGAGGUUCUUUUUUCCUGGUACAAGGACACAUUUUUAUCAGACAUCAAGAACUAUGGUACCACAACAGCAUUACCCUGUUGUGUUGUGUCUUGAGUAAUACUAAGUACAGUCUUGUUUUUCAGUGCGCCUGUAGAGCACCUGUAGUAACAAGCAACGGACUGCCAGCAUUACUAUUUAAGAGGUCAUUCCCAGAAUGACAGGACUUGUACACCAGUAAGUGAUUUUUGUUUUUGGACAGUAAGGAGGGCUAUGGGUAUCUAUUGUUAGAUCAGUGUCUCAGAAUCAGAACUAAGCCUAGUGUGGUAGCUUGUAAGUACAAGAAAAAAUGCCUUGAACCUCUUGUAGGACUUUGACGUGUUAGAUUAAACUGUAUUUUCUGAGGAUAGUCUUUGUAUGGACUAUUCUCCUUGCUUGCUUUCUGACCUUCUAGCAGCUCAUUUUAGAAAGAGAGUGUUUUUAGGGGACUUCCAAAGCAUAAUCAUAACCAAACAGUGAAUAUCGCACCUAUGCAGGUUUCUGUUAUCUUCACUUUUUAGGGGAUUUAUUUUAUUUAAUUUUUUUGUUAUUUUUUUUUUAGAUAUAAGGAUAUCUGCUCAUAUAUACCAGGGUUUGGUUCACUAACCCAGAGUUAUAUAUAUACAUAUAUAUAGAUAAAAGUUAUAAUCAAUUAUUCAUAGCAUUCUGCCUAAGAACUGGUGAACUUUGCUUUGAAAUAAUGGUACAGAUCAUUAAGAGCUACAGAUUUAGUAGCUAGCAAAUAAGAUACGGCUGUGGGGUUUUAUUGAACCCCAUGAGCUGUAUGCAAUGUGUUUUUUGCUAUAGUGAACUGAUUAAUUGCAUCUUUCUAAUCCACGAUGGGUGCUUUUUGGCAAGGUUAGCAGCAGUGCUUAAUCAAGAACAACAACAAGAUAAGAACAAAAUAAUAAUAAUACAUUUUAAUUUCUGCAUGAUCAUAUAUAGCUUCAUAUAACUAAUGCAGCAGUGUUUAAUGAUGUCAUGUCAGACUUAGAUUGUGGUGCUAAAGUUCUGUUUCACUGGCAGAUACAAAUAAGUAUCAUCAUUUGGUGCUUACACUCAUUUGAAUUCAAUUAAAACUGAUUGAUUACACUCAAGGAUACUUAACAACAUGCAUUUAUUUCUGUUAUACUUAGUAGGUUGCAAUGACAUAUCACAUUAUUAUACAAAACAAGUUAAUGUAUCUUCCUAAUGGAUCUAAACCAAUGAACUGUUGCCUGUUAGUUUUUCAUAGUAUCGGUUGCUUAAAAGGUCAAAGAGCCAUGGCGAGAUGUGAACAUGGCUGAUCAUUUGAAACAAGAGUCUUUAUGUUUACAAUGUCUAACUGUAACCCUUUGGCUGCUGUGGCUGCUCUCUGUGACAGACAUUACAAUCCUGAAUAUUCACCAAGCCCCCCAUGGCAAUCAAAGCGUUAAGGGCUGUGCAGUGAUUGUUUUGUAUUUAUUGUUUCAUAUUUAUUUUUGGGGACGGGCAAUUCUUUGUCAGCUGUGAGUGUCUUAAUUUUGGGGAGGGAUAAAUGGCUUUUUAUACUAUUUUCAUCUUAUGUAUUCAGCAUCACUGUUUCAUUGUGUUGUAUUUAAAGUACAUCAUCCUGUCAAUAAAUGGAAUAUAAAGCUUU